AUGAUCAAUUUCCUCCUUUUCCUCCAAAUUUCCUUGAUCUUUGCCAACGAUGUUUUCAACAACAACAUCAUCGAAUUCCUCCAAACAAUCAAAAAAUCCAAAGAUCCAGGAUACUUCGAUAACAAUUUCAAAUUCCUGGAUUGCUCUAAAACUGAACUGGAUUCUCAAGGUUACUUGGAAAACCUCGUGGAUUCAAUGAGCUCGGAGAUUUUGGAAAGUGUUAGAAUUCCAAGUGCACAUAGAUUGCAUCAAGGUUCGAAUCUCCAUUCGUAUUAUAAUAUCACUGUCAAAUCAUUGAACUUUGUUCCAAAUUUUAAAUUUAAAAUUCAUAUUGAUAAGUCUUUUUUGGAAACUAUUAAAUUGAUUUCUGGUGAAAGAAUUGGGUGUUGA